CCCAAAAGCAAGUAUCGAAAGCACUACCGUGAAAUUGCGCGGACAUGGCACUUCCAGAGGAGCCGCUUCCAGAGUUUCAGGCACCAGCCCUGAAGGUCCCUUUACCCAAGUUUCCCCUGGAGAAGGAGAAGGCUUACAGCCAAGCGUGGCCAGAGCACUUGAACCGUCAGGAUCCCUUCGCCCGAUACCGGAAGGGUGCAUCACGCUACUACGCGCCCGCCAAGUUCGAUCCCUUCAAAGAGUGGCGCGAUCCUGACGAGGCCAUGGAAGGAGUCUCCACCCCAGUGCCCUUCACAGCUGCUCAGCCGCCCGAGUUCCCAGAACUCGAUGAUUCGGCGCCCUCUCGCUGCGGGCGUUGCGGGAGCACCCUGGCAGCGGAGAACAACUUCUGUGGGCGCUGUGGCUUGGCACGGAGCACCGACCGUGGCUAUCAGCACCCUGAGAAGCUGCUGCCAGGUCGGGGGCGGGACGCGAGCAACCUCCAGUGCCUUGCAUAAAGGGGGGGACGUUGAGGUGCACCCGUAAGGCCCACCAUUGCGUCAUGAUGCAUCACAGCCGGGCCCCAUGAUCAAACCGGCGCUCGGGCCAAGCAGUGGGCGGCCCGGGCCACCCGGGUCGUUGGGGCCGCCACCCGGCACCGUGCGGCCGGGCGGCGUUUGCCCCGGCCCGGGGGGCCCGCUGCUAGGGCCACCGAAGGGGACCAUUAAGAGCAGUUGCAGGCCAAUGAACCGAAAGCAUUGCGCACCAGCAAUGGGGCCGGUCUGCGGAUGACGUGAGAGAAAACUUACAAGAGCGGUUCUUUUCCCCA